GACGCGUCAUCGGCCUGCGCCGUCUGCCUGGCCGCGGUUGGAAGGGCGCCUGAGGUGCCGGGGGUGGGGCGAGGCCAGGGACGCGCCGCCGCCGCCGCCGCCAGGGGGCUCGAGGCGGGCGGGCCGCGGGGAGGAUGCUGAGCCGCUUGCAGGAGCUGCGGAAGGAGGAGGAGACGCUGCUCCGGGUGAAGGCGGCGCUGCACGAUCAGCUCAACCGGCUCAAGGUGGAAGAGCUGGCCCUUCAAUCUAUGAUUAGCUCCAGAGAGAAGAAUGUAAUGAUCGCUCCACCAAGUAUCACAGAGGAGACUCAAAAAACCCUUGGGCAGAUGGACAAUGAAGCUGCUAUCAAUCAAACUGAAUUACAGCUAAGUAUUCAAGACCAUGAAGAGGAGGAGGAGGAGGAUGAAUCUGACUCCUGAAGGGGGGAAAAAUGGGAGACGGAUGGUGUUAUUUAUCCUUGACUCAGGAAAUUCCCCUUUGUUCAAGCAGAACUUCCCAUCAGAUUCUACUUGGUGCUGUACACAGAUAUGAACUACGCAAAUGAAUGAAAAUUACUUUUGGAGGGUUCCAGUGAGGUUAGACUGGUGGCACAGAUGACACAAGCUUGUCAGAAUCUUGUUUUGGGUGUUAAAAGAAUGAAAAGUUGUUGCACAAAUAUGUAGCAUGAUCCCUUUUACAUUUAAAGCCUAAAAUGUAGUUUACUACUUGUUCGUAUAUAGGUGGGAAAAGUUCAUGUAGUUAACUAAACUAAUUUAGUGCACUAAAAGCAAUAACUGUUCCAACUGUAAUUCCACAAAAGUGGAGAUUAGGAAAUUGUGGUGAUCUAGGUAAUGAAAAAUGAUGGCCCUUCCAGAAUUCAUGUAAUGUUAUACUAAGUUAGUGUUACACUUAUCAGCAGACAAAGCAUUUCCUCUCCUGAUGACUUGCUGAUACUAAAUCACUGCAGCUGAUUCUUGUAUCUUUCCUUAAAUAGAUGUUAGAACACAUAGAAAACCAAACUUGUGUUAUGCUGCUAAAAAUAGAAAAUAAAAGUAAUAUCUUAACUGAGACAACCUUGUCAACCUCUCAUACUAAGAAAAUGUUUAUACACUAGAUUUUAAAAAUCUGGUUUAUAAAAUCUGUGUAAAGCAUUCCAGUGUUGAUUAGGAUUAAGCUUUAAAGCUCCUGUUGAUGUCUCCCGUAGCAAUAUUAGCCCUGCACAAAAACUUAGUAGAAAACCAAGUUUCAUUUUACUUAUUUAACAAAGGGGGAGGGGGAAGUUUGCAAUAUGUUCAGUGUCUUAGGUGUGGUUAUAAAACAUGAGCCAACUCUUAGACAGCUCCUGCCCCUGAUUGUAGGAAAAUAUUUGAGGAAAGACUAUUGGCUCUUGGUUAAAGCUUAGCUUUGGUUUUUAGUUAUGGAAACUAAGUUUUAGAAUGUAUAGCAUCAUCUUCUGUUGCUGAAGAUCAGCCUGGUUCUGAGUGGACUGGAUACUGUUGUAACUGAAGUUUGUCUUGUAUAGGAGAACGAUUUGCAGGCUUUUCCCCAAACUCAGACCUGCGGAGGCUAGGCAGAAUGUUUCUGGGCUGGAAUUGUCCCAAGUUUAGGUUAUGAUGUCAAAAUAAACAGAUUUUUUUUUUAAGUGUAUACUCUUGCACAUGUAGUUUGUAAGGGUUGUGGAACAUGACCUGUGUCAUUCCUUUGUUUUGUAGUGGAGAGUAUAUUUGCUGGCACUUCAUCCUACUCUGUCCCCUUAUCUUGAGACAGCAACAGCUUGUUGCCCUCCUUUCUCUUGCCUAAACUCAAGGCAAAACACGUUCUGUAACAGUUAGCUUUAGGCCUCAUCUACUCUGGAAAAUUUUGGCAUGUUAUUGUUGACUGAGUGUCUACACACAUUUGCUACCAUUUUAAAGGCAUGCUUUAUACCAUGUAACCUUGCCCUGAUGAAGUCUAAAUAACACUCGUUCUUAGCCUAUGCUUGCUUUUAAAGUUGUGAUGCUAAUGUAGACAAACACUAGCAAAUUAGAUUGCAUGCUACAAUUAGGCCUCCUGCCACUGUUCCACUGGGGCCAAAUGCACUUGAAGUGGUUAACAUGCUGCUGGAUGUGUGGAUAAGUAGGAUAUAUGUGUUCUGUGAGUUCUGGGCCACUACUACUGUACAUAUGGUAUAGUUUUCUACUGGAGACAGGACCUUAGCCUGAACAGCUUUUAAAUUCCAUUUAAACAUGGUUUGUAGUGUAGGACCAAACAGUUUGGAUUUGACCCAGGUGAGUGGAUGCAUACAGCAUUAGCGGUAUUGAUGGCUGAUCUGUUGAUGGAUGGAGGCAGACUGCCAUCCUCCUCCUGCAGCAUUUGAUCCGGCUGAGCAUGAGAAACUGAGGUAUAUGGCAGGAGUCUUGGGCAAUGUGGUAGAAUGUUUUGAGUCCUUUCUGAAAGCAUUGGCUCAAAGCCCUAGUGAUGAGAAAGCAGCUCCUUUGCCACCAGAUGCCUUACUUUGAGUAUCAUCCGAGGAUCAAUGCAUUGUACACUUCUGCUCAACGUGUAUGUGGACUGUAUUGCCAACAAUAUGCAGAUGAACACAGCUCUACCUUCUCUCUGCAAUGUACAAUGCCACUUUCAGCAAGUUAGUGAUUGGCUGAACAAAAGCUGGUUGAAGCUGAAUCCAGGCAACACACGUGAUGCUGAUGUCAGAGGAAAGCACUGAGUUUGCAGCCACUGUCCAGUCUCCUUUGGUUAUGGAUAUAUCCACAGUUGGUCAAGUCAGUUUGCAAUUUUAGAUGUGCUCCUGGAUUCCUUGCUGAUGUUAAGCUCUUGUUAGAAUGAGUUGCUUGCUACCAUGCCCAGCUGUUUAAAGGUCUCCAUAUUCUUCUGGUGGUGUAUUACCUGCCCUCAAUAAUAUAUGCAUUGGUCACCUCCCAGCUGGGCUACAGCAAUACAAUCUAUGUGGACAUGAAACAAUCAAUCUGCAGGAAACUUCAGCUAUUACAAAAUACAGCAGAGCAGCUACUGUGAGCACAUCAAACUUGCCCUCAGCUCUCUACACUGGCUCCCCAAGGAAUAUUGUGUCAGUCAUAAUUCCAGGACAAGGACUGUGUUCAACAUCUUUGCUCCUCAGGCACAACGUAAGUGUCUCUAGCAAGAGUAAAGUUAUCUGCGCAGGAAGUAGCGCUUUCAUGGGGGCCAGCCAAAGAUUGCUGAAUGAACUCCUGCUGGAACUAAUCCAUUAUAAACCUCACCACCUUCCAUUCUAAGGUCAGGCAGAUUUUUACUUGCCUUCACUAAUACAAAAGAAAAAGUCUAACUUAAAAAUAUUCUCAGAGUAUUUUCUUUGAGAUAGAAUAAAUCUCACAUGGCUUAUUUUAGAUGUAUCAAUGUACAUGAAAGGUGCACAGAUACUUGGUGAUGAGGGUGGCAUAAACUUGAAUGGGAUAGAACAGUAUUCAAAUCUAAAAUGAGUUUAACUGAUUCAACCAGUGUUGACUAGGCCCUAGUUGGAUAGUACUGGAUGUAUUUGGUGUUCAUAGCUACAAUUAUCUGACUGAGUAAGAUCAAGAAUGGGAUCCAGUUUUAGUUUGGUUCUUCACUUUUAAAAGCCCAUGGGAUUGAUACUCUUCUAAACCUCAGCCUAUGUGUAUAAGAGCUCAGUCAAAAGCUGUCGGUGCUUUUACCAUAAACCGAGGUAGGCUUAGCAGGAUUCAAUGUUAAAAUUUCAACAAAUGUUUAAGAAUUUUUUUCCUAUUUAUCUAUUUAAAUUUUCAGUUGAAGGAAAUUAUAAAGGCAGGGGUUAGACAAUUGUUGAACGACAGACAUUGAGAUUCAAAAAGUUAAAGCUUUAUAACUGUUGAAACAAAUUGUGAACAUCACAUGUCAAAAUAUACAAAUUAAAUAUCCUUAAAUCAA